AUGCAGCUGGGUGAGCCGCUGCUGACGGCGGCGGGGGCACUGCCGGGCGCCCCCUUCUACCCGCUGGAGGGCGGCGGACGCACCGGAGCCGCUGGAGCUGCUGGAGCUGGAGGUGGGACAGGCGCUGGUGGAGGCUCCCGCGGGCCGCCCGGUUCGGGAUCGCCACCUCGCCUCGACCUGGACAAGAUGCCCAAGAAGUUUGGAGCGGCCCCCGCCAUCCUGAGCGAGACGGAGGCCGUCGAGCCGCCCUUCGCCGCUCCCAAGCCGGACGGUCGCAAGGCCACCCCAUGCGGGGACGAGGAGCUGCCCCCGGCCGCCGCCGCCCGCUACUCCAUGGACAGCCUGAGCCCCGAGCGCUACUACCUGCAGUCCCCCGGGCCGCCCGCCGCCGACCUCGGGGGGCCCUGCUCCCUGUUCCCGUACCCGCCCGCGGCGCAGCACGGCGCCGUCUACCAGCAGCCCGGCGGGCCGCGCUACCCCUACGGCUCCGUGCUGUCCCCGGGCGGCUUCGCGGGCGCCGUGUGCCCGCCCGGCGGCCGGACGCAGUUCGGAGGCGGCGGCGGGUACCAGUACGGGCAGGCGACGGGCGGCGGACCUCUCUACGGCCCUUACCCGCCGGCGUCGGGCUCCUGCGGCGGGCUCGGGGCUCUGGGGGUGCCAGCCGCCGGCCCGGGCAUGCGAGCGCAGGUCUUCCUCUGCAACCGGCCCCUCUGGCUCAAGUUCCACCGGCAUCAGACGGAGAUGAUCAUCACCAAGCAGGGCCGGAGAAUGUUUCCCUUCCUGAGCUUCAACAUCACCGGUCUCAACCCCACGGCCCACUACAACGUCUUCGUGGAGGUGGUGUUGGCGGACCCCAACCACUGGCGUUUCCAGGGGGGCAAGUGGGUGACCUGCGGCAAAGCCGACAACAACAUGCAAGGCAACAAGGUCUACGUGCACCCCGAGUCGCCCAACACCGGGGCGCACUGGAUGAGGCAGGAGAUUUCCUUCGGAAAGCUGAAGCUAACGAACAAUAAAGGUGCUAACAACAACAACGCACAGAUGAUAGUACUUCAGUCCCUACACAAGUACCAGCCCCGACUUCACAUUGUGGAAGUGACCGAAGAUGGUGUCGAAGAUCUGAAUGAUUCCUCAAAGACUCAAACGUUUAUUUUUCCUGAAACGCAGUUCAUAGCAGUUACAGCAUAUCAAAACACUGAUAUUACACAGCUCAAAAUUGACCAUAAUCCUUUUGCAAAAGGCUUCAGAGACAACUAUGACUCCAUGUACACAGCUUCCGAAAAUGACAGAUUAACUCCAUCUCCCACGGAUUCUCCUAGAUCCCACCAGAUCGUCCCUGGUGCCCGAUACAGCGUGCAGCCAUUCUUCCAGGAACAGUUUGUCAACAACCUGCCCCCAGCCAGGUUUUACAACGGUGAGAGGACUGUCCCUCAGAGCAAUGGCCUGCUGUCCCCACAGCAGAACGAGGAGGUGGCCAGCUCUCCCCAGCGCUGGUUCGUGACGCCCGUGCAGCAGCCCAGUGCCAACAAACUGGACAUGAGCUCCUACGAGACAGAGUAUUCCCACAGCACCUUGCUCCCCUAUGGCAUCAAAUCCCUCCCGCUGCAGACGUCCCACGCUCUGGGAUACUACCCCGACCCGGCGUUCCCGUCCAUGGCAGGCUGGGGGAGCAGGGGCUCUUACCAGCGGAAAAUGACGACAGGACUAACUUGGCCCUCCAGAACGAGUCCGCCGGGAUUCACUGAAGACCAGCUUUCCAAGGACAAGGUGAAAGAAGAAAUUGGCUCGUCAUGGAUAGAGACUCCACCCUCUAUAAAGUCUCUAGAUUCAAAUGAUUCUGGGGUGUACACAGGCGCUUGUAAGAGAAGGCGGCUUUCCCCUAGCACUUCCAGCAACGAAAAUUCCCCAACAAUGAAAUGUGAGGACAUUAAUGCAGAGGACUAUAGCAAAGACACUUCAAAAGGCAUGGGCUACUACGCCUUCUAUGCUAGUUCUUAG